CGUUGACGUAUUUGGCUAAUUGUUUAGUUAGUCACUUUAUUAUAGUUAUACAGAGACACGCAUAUUUAGUUCCAUGAAUUUACCAUUUUGUACUGACAACAAUAUUUUGUCAAGUAAUACAAAACGGUUGCAAACUAACUAUAUAGGUACUAGAAACGAUAUAUUCGAUCUUCUGACAAUCACAAAUGAACUUAAUACUUCAUAAUUGAAUAAAACUAUACUUUUUCAUAACUCUUAACCCCUACUGUUGUCUUUGAACGCGUUAAUUAUCAACAGAUCAAUAGUGUUAAUGCCUUACCAUUACUGCUCCACAAAUACGCAAUUACGCCAAAAAAAAAAUAACAAAUGAAAAUACUGAAAAAUACUCUCUCCACCAGCAAAAUAUGACUCUCAGUAUCUAAUGAUUGGGAAAUAUGUACUUAAGAACUCAUAUGCUUUAGCAUGUCCGGGACAAGGAAUCAUCCGGUAUGGGUAUUUAGUUCCAUUUGAAAACUUCAAACCUGUAAUCCAACCCUAUUUAGAUGUAUUAGAUGAAUCAUUACAAGAAAAUUUCAGUCAUCAUUUGUUUAACAAAGAUAAAAAUUCAAUUACUGAACAAUGGAUUUUAAAGACGUCAAAUGCUCAACCAGCUAUCUUAUUCACCACUUUCAUAAUCCAUGAAUUGAUCAAACAUGAGUAUGGAGUUGAUUUAGCUCAGAACUCGAAAUAUUUGUUAGGACAUUCAUUAGGAGAGUAUACUGCUUUAUUAUUAUCGCGUAUAUUUGAUUUAUCAUCUAUAUUGAAAAUUGUUAGGAAAAGAGGUCAAUUAAUGGAAAACAUUAUCGAAGAUAAUGAUUAUGGAAUGCACGCCUUCACAUUUGAUAAGAAACUAUUUGAUCAAGUUUUACAAUUAGCUCAAGAUUGUAAUGUAUUGGCCAAUAUAAAUAGUCCUGAACAAAUUGUAUGUUCUGGGAUUAGUGAGGAAAUAAAUUUAUUUAUCACUAAAGUAGCUAAUCUUAAUGUGAAAAGUGUUAAAUUGGAUGUUAAAAUACCAUUUCAUAAUUAUCGAUUGAAAUCAAUAACAGAAGAAUUAGAAGCAUAUGUGAAUCAAUUCGCCAUAAAUGAUCAACAAACACCAAUAAUUUCAAAUUUAACUGGUCUUCCUUCAUUUGAUAGUAAAUCAACUAUUCAAAACACGUUAAACGUAAAUUAUCAACCAGUUCAAUGGGUUAAAAGUAUAAAUUUCUUCCGUGAGCAAGAGAUCCCAGCUAUAGUAAAUAUGGGGCCUGGUUAUGUUUUAAAAUCAUUAAAUGGGAAAUUUAAUGGAUUUGAGAAUGUUCCCAUAGAUGGUGCAAAUACAUUUAGUCGAUUAGAGAAGAGUAUCCUUAAAUCCAGUGAAGAUACUAAAUAAUGAUCGGCAUUACACACACCGUAAGCCAAAAAGGGCUCAUUAACCUUAUGUUUUUCACGUGUAUAUAGUAAUAAAAGUCAGUAAUGUACGUCAUGAUAGAAUCUUUAGUGAAGGUUUGUAGCGUGUUUUAUGGGAACUUGUUAGCUAAACUCCCCAAUGAACAAAACAACAACAAAUAAGAAAUAAUUACAUAACAAACACCCUAGCCACAAAAUAUGCUAUGUCAUCGCAAACAUUUGACAGUUUACUGCUCAUCUAUCUGCAACCUCUACCCAUUUAUGACUUAAACCUCAUUAAAAUAAAUGCAAAAUUUUAACGUCAUAAAAAUAAAUAAAUCAGAGUCAAAAACUUUUUAAGCUCUAUCUUUUGUCACGGCAGCAGUUAAAAUAAAAAAAAAUUUUUACUGAUAAUGAAAAAAAAAUAUCACAGA